UUAUUUUGCUUAUACAAAAGCCUAUUUUCUUUCAGGUUUAAUGAAGUGAAAACACACAAACCAACUGUUAGUACUGUACAACUACUUUUAAGCUAGACUAAAGAAUAAGAAAUUAACUUUUGAUAAUAAACUUUGAUCAAACAUCUUUUUGGCCACUCUCUUGAGCUUAAAGGAAAAUAACCUGCCAUAUUAAACAGCUACUUAUUAUGCAAAAUUCACAUUUUACACAUUUUUAUUCUUCCAUUUGUGUCUCUUUGAAUAAUAAAAUAAUCAAUUUUUUUAUUUAUUAAGCUUCUUGAUCUGGGACCUGAGUCUGAAUUUCGUACCAGGAGCCACCUCUCUGAAGUCCUGCCAAUCUGGGGACUGAAAACGGUCCUGGAGCUCAUAGGCUGCAUCCCUGGGCCACACAGUGACUGUCUUCUUCCUUGGCCUAAUCCGUGUCAUCAGCGGACGAUAUGCUGGCGCCAGCAGGAUGGACAUGUGGUCAGAGAGGCCAAGAUGGGCGCGAGGAAGAACUCUGUACGCACCGUGAAUGUUGGUGUACACACAAUCCACAGAGUAAGAAGGAUGACAUGCCGGUGUUACGUAAGACCGGUAAAAACUGGGUAGAGUGUCCGUCAGUUUCACAUGGUAAAAGUCCCCUGCAACCACGUAAAAUGCCUCCGGGUGCUUCAUCUGCAGUGAGCUAACGGUGUCAUACAGCUCCUUUGAUGCUUCGUUGCCGUUAGCACCCGGCGGAAUGUAAACAAUGGUGACGAACACCCCAGUAAACUCCGGAGGCACAUAGUAUGGCUGACAGCUUUUAACCAGUCCACAGUUGGUACACCAACCUUCACUCACUUACAUACAUUGUCCUCCUCCCUGUGUUUUUCCUGACCGUUGAUCUGCUUGGAAUAACUGAAGACCUAAGUCUGGCAUGUUGCUGUAAAGCCAGGUUUUCGUUAGGCAAAGAACGGCACAGUUCUUCAUCUCUGCAGAAACUCUUGGUCUCAGAUCUAACAAAUCCACUUUCUUACCCAGUGAGCGGACAUUGUCCAGAAAGAGAGUCGGAAUUGGUGGCUUCCUAGGCACCAGCUGGGUCAACACGCCCACCCGUUUCCUUUUGACAGUUGGUCCUCGCACACUGCUGUCCAGUACAUUGUCCUCAGGAGCCGCUGUCUCCCAAUUGCGUAUUUCAGCCUUGGUGAUAUUACCAGUCGAACUGUCUCCAAUGGCCAUCAGCUAAGCCGAGCUACAUUCAGCCGUAAAGUUUGUUUUAAUACAAACUUCAGUAGUUUUCUAGUUGUUCUGCUGAGGUAGUGACAACCAUUUGUGACAUCAUGCAAAUUGAUGAUACAAAGGCAAUUCUUAACAAACAGGAAAACAUUGAGGAGUUUUUGGAUUCAUCUAAAGAGGAUUAACAAUGAGUCAGAGCAGUCAGGCGUCGACUUCUGAUUCGCAAUAUGAGAUAGCACAACAGAUUUUAGCUAGAGAGACACGGAAGCUCCAAGACGUCUUGAAAGAAGUCAACAUGAUGACUACUGAGAGACAGAUUCUUCUGAAAGCAAAUGAGGAGCUGAAGAUCCAAGUUAUGAAUUUAGAAAAAGCUGUAUUUGAAAAAGACAAGCUGAUUAGGGAAAAAGACGAGGAUUUAGAAAAUCUGUCCAAAGGAAACCAAACUUUAAAGGAAGAUAACAUCACCUUGGAGAAGAAAAAUGUUGCCUUGGAGCAGAAAAACACAGCGCUGGAGAAGGAAAAAACACUCUAGAGCAGAAAAGCACUGUCCUGGAGAAGGAAAUAAUCUCCUUCAAGUUGAUAAGCAGUGUCCUGGAGCAGGAGAUCACCACCCUGGGGGGGAAAUGCACUGUCCUGGAUCAGAAAAACACCUCCCUGGAGCAGAAAAGCACCGCCCUGGAGAAGAAAUCACCACCCUGGAGAAGGAGAACAACACCCUGAAACUGGAAAACACCGCUCUGGAGAAUAAAAAUACCACCAUGGAGCAGUACAGCACCAUUUUGAAGGAGGAGCAAGCUGCAUAUGAGCUGAUAAACGCUAACUUGGAGAUGAAGAACACCAGCCUGGAUCAUAAAUGGAAAAUCCUGGAGCAGAAAAAAAACAUCUUGGAGGAGAAAAACAGCUCCCUGCAGUAUGAGAACGCCAACCUGAAGAAGAAAAGCACCGCUCUGGAGCAGGAUAAAACCACCCUGGAGCAGAAAAUGGCAUUCCUAGAGAAGGAAAAGACCACCGUGGAACAGGAGAACGCCGCCCUGAAGCUGAAGCUGGAAAGCACCGCUCUGGAGCAGGAUAACGCCACCUUGAAGCUGAUAAACACCGCCGUGGAGCAGGAGAACACCAUCUUGGAGCAGAACAACACUGACUUGGAGCAGACAAAAACUGAACUGGAGGAGGGUUACACCUCCCUGCAGGAGGAAAACAACAACCGCAGCCAGAUAAACACCAUCUUGGAGAAGCAAAACCAAGACCUGAAGCUGAAUCGUAUUGCCCUAGAGCUGAAAAGCACCGCCUACAUUCAGGAAAACAAAAUGUUGCAGCUUGACGUGGAACAGCUGAACAAAAGACUGAGGGUCUUAGAGGAGCAGCUAUCUGAAGAGGACACAGACGAAGACAGCCAGUCGGUUUCAGACCAGUCAGCAGGAGCAGGAGUAUUCAGACGUGUGGUCAGAGGCUUCACCAAUACACUUCUGAAAAUGUGCAAAACAACCUGAGGUACUGGGUUCAAGCAUGGUACUUAUAAAUAGAGAAGUGUCAUGAGGGCUCCAAGCUUCAUGCUUGAUUGUCGAUGGUAGAAAACCUUGAGGACAACAGGACUGCAGUGUCAGGGGAGCUUGACACUUGGGGGCUGAUGGCGGAAGAGCUAAUCGCUUGAAAGAUGUUGGCAGGAGAGCUUGCACCCGGCCGAUCUCCAGGGCUUUGUGCCGAGUCCCUUUGGUCUCGGUCGAUCUCCAGGGCUUCAUAGCAAGUCCCGCUGGUCUCCAGGUUGACCUUCAGGGCUUUGUGCCGAGUCUCUUUGGUCUCCCAGCUGACCUCCAGGGCUUCGUAGCGAGGCCCUUUGGUCUCCCAGCUGACCUCCAGGGCUUUGUAUCAAGUCCCGUCGGUCUCCUGGGUGACCUCCAGGGCUUUGUGCCGAGUCCUUUUGGUCUCUCCGCCGAUCUCCAGGGCUUCAUAACAAGUCCCGCUGGUCUCCAGGCUGACCUCCAGGGCUUUGUGCUGAGUCCCUUUGGUCUCUCAGGCGACCUCUAGAGUUUCAUUGUGUGUCCUGUCAGCCUCCGGAGCCUCGUCGUGGGUCCCAUUGGCCUCCCGGUUCCUGUUCUGCCGCCGGCAGGUACUUGCUCCACUGCUAGUGUCGCAGGUCCCAUUGAUUUCCAAGCCAGGCUCAGGAGAUUGGCUGGGAGGUCGACAGAACCUGCGACAAUGCUCAGGAGGUCGGUCAGGGCUUGACAUAUCCCCAGCAUCCCCAAGGUUCCCACUCUGUCACCAACACCCACCAAGUCUGCUUCCACUCCCUCCACUCACACCUGCUCAUCAGCCCAGGUCCUGCACAGUGGUGGACUUGGUAGCACUUUUGCCUUGCAGCAAGAAGGUCCAGGCUUCAAUUCCCAGCAUGGAGUUCACAUGUUCUCCCAAUGCAUGCGUAUGGAUGUGUGCGUGCAUGGUUGUUUUGUCCUGUCUCUGUGUUGCUGGCGACCUGUCCAGGGUGUACCCCACCUUCUGCUAGAGAUAGGCACUGGCACCUCUCCUGACCCCACUGGGACAAUGGUGUAAGAAAAUGGAUGGAUGGAUCAUCCAUCCCAGGUCUUUUCUGAAGCUCACAACCUCCAGUAUUUAAGCACCUCAUUGUUAGUUACUAGUUGCCGGUUCAUCUUGUCACUUUUCUCAUUUCUUCCUUGUUUCCUUGUGAUCUUCCUGUGUCUCCAAUUUGUCUUUGUUUUGCAUUUAUUUUGUUCCCUGGAUUUUUUAUUUUCAUGUUUGUAAGUUUUGAUUAUUCGUUUUUCCAUUAAAUAUUCUUAAAUUAACUACGUCUCUCACCUGGUGCACUUGGGUCCACUUAUAAUCAGGGGUGAAAGUAAGGGG